GGGACCCGCGGCGGCCGUGAAGCUGCGUCCGGCCAUGUCCAGCCUUGCCGCCUGACCCCUCACCCGACGCAAGCAUGAAGGACAGCGGGGACUCCAAGGACCAGCAACUCAUGGUGGCUCUGCGGGUCAGGCCCAUCAGCGUGGCAGAGCUGGAGGAAGGAGCCACCCUCAUCGCCCAUAAAGUGGAUGAACAGAUGGUGGUUCUCAUGGACCCCAUGGAGGACCCGGAUGACAUCCUGCGGGCGCACCGCUCCCGGGAGAAGUCCUACCUGUUUGAUGUGACCUUUGACUUCACUGCCACCCAGGAGAUGGUGUAUCAGGCCACCACCAAGAGCCUCAUUGAAGGGGUCAUCUCGGGGUACAACGCCACUGUCUUUGCCUAUGGCCCCACCGGCUGUGGGAAAACCUACACCAUGCUGGGCACAGACCAUGAGCCAGGCAUCUAUGUCCGGACCCUCAAUGACCUCUUCCGUGCCAUCGAGGAGACCAGCAAUGACAUGGAAUAUGAGGUGUCCAUGUCCUACCUGGAGAUCUACAACGAGAUGAUACGAGACCUGCUGAACCCCGCCCUGGGGUACCUGGAGCUGAGAGAGGACUCCAAGGGAGUCAUCCAGGUGGCUGGGAUCACGGAAGUCUCCACCAUCAAUGCCAAAGAGAUCAUGCAGCUGCUGGUGAAGGGGAACCGGCAGAGGACCCAAGAGCCCACGGCCGCCAACCAGACGUCUUCGCGCUCCCACGCGGUGCUCCAGGUGGCCGUGCGCCAGCGGAGCCGCGUCAAGGACAUCCUGCAGGAGGUGCGGCAGGGCCGCCUCUUCAUGAUCGACCUGGCUGGCUCAGAACGUGCCUCCCAGACCCAGAACCGGGGGCAGCGGAUGAAAGAGGGCGCCCACAUCAACCGCUCGCUGCUGGCCCUGGGCAACUGCAUCAAUGCUCUGAGUGACAAGAACAAUAACAAGUACAUCAACUACCGCGACAGCAAGCUGACCCGGCUCCUGAAGGACUCGCUCGGGGGGAACAGCCGCACGGUGAUGAUCGCUCACAUCAGCCCAGCAAGCAGCGCCUUUGAGGAAUCCCGGAACACCCUGACCUACGCCGGCCGGGCCAAGCACAUUAAAACCAGGGUGAAGCAGAAUCUGCUCAGCGUCUCCUACCACAUCGCCCAGUACAGCAGCAUCAUCGCCGACCUGCGGGGCGAGAUCCAGAGGCUCAAGCGCAAGAUUGACGAGCAGGCGGGGCGGGGCCCGGGGCGGGGCCGGCUGGAGCGGGGCGAUGCCCACCACGUCCAAGCCGAGGUCCAGGGGCACAGCGGACCGGGGGAGCAAGCGGAGAUGGGUCAGCUGCGGGAGCAGCUCAUCAGUGCCUUCCAGGAGCAGAUGGACGUGCGGAGACGCCUGCUGGAGCUGGAGCACCGCGCCAUGGAAGUCCAGAUCGACACCUCCCGCCACCUGCUCACCAUCGCUGGCUGGGAGCAUGAGAAGUCCCGAAGAGCCCUCAAGUGGCGGGAGGAGCAGCGGAAAGAGUCGUUUACUAAGGACGACAGUGAGAAGGACUCAGACACAGGUGAUGACCAACCGGACAGCCUGGAGCCUCCCGAGGUGGCCUCCGCCCGGGAGAACAUCGCCACCCUGGUGGGCGAGCAGAAGAAGCUACGCAAGGAGAAGCUGGCCCUGGAGCAGCGCUGUCGCGAGCUGCGCUCCCGGGGCCGGCGCCUGGAGGAGACGCUCCCGCGGCGCAUCGGCUCCGAGGAGCAGCGCGAGGUGCUCAGCCUGCUGUGCCGCGUGCAUGAGCUCGAGGUGGAGAACACCGAGAUGCAGUCGCACGCGCUGCUCCGGGAUGGCGCGCUCCGCCACCGCCGCGAGGCCAUGCGCCGCCUGGAGCAGCACCGCAGCCUCUGCGACGAGAUCAUCCGGGGUCAGCGGCAGAUCAUUGAUGACUACAACCUGGCCAUCCCCCAGCACCUGGAGGAGCUUUAUGACAUGUACCUGCGGGAGCUGGAGGAGGGCAGCCUGGAGCGGGCCACCAUCAUGGACAGAGUGGCCUCCAGGGCCCUGCAGGACAGCUCCCUGCCCAAAAUCGCCCCAGCAGGAGCCAUGCUGACCCCAGAUUCUGACUUGGAGAGCGGGAAAACGCUGAGUUCAGAGGUCCAGCGCCUGCAGCAUGGCAUCCUCCCUCCCCUCAGCACGGAGAGUGAAGUCAGCCAUGUGUUCAAGGCCAGUCCCCGAGCCUGGCAGGUGAAGGGUUCCUCUGUGCUUACCCCGCCCCCCAUCCAGAUUGGUGGCCUGGUCAACCAGGAGGGCCCCACUCUGGACAACCUGGUCAGCCACAACAGCCGCGUCAACUCCUCCCCCAACAGCAGUGAGGACCUGUCCGAGGUGCCCUUGUCUCUCAAAGAGCGCAAGGAGAUCCUCACAGGCACCAAGUGCAUCUCGGUGAAGGUGGCGCGGCGGCGCUCGCGCGCCCUGGGCGCAGACGCACGUCACCUGAAGCCACCGGUCACCGAGCGUAGCAGCGUGUCCCUGCGUUCACUGAGCAAGACCGAAGAUGCGCGGCGGCCGGGGCAGCUGGCCUACAAGCGGCCGUCCAGCCCCACGCUGCAGCACACGGCCAGCGAGGACAACCUGUCCAGCAGCACGAGCGAAGCCCCAACCCGGGCGGCAGGACCGCGCCGCGACGGCCCUGCGCCCAGGCUGCGCAGCCACAAGAAAAGUACUGGCAAGAAACAGGAGGAGUCGCUGGAGGCCAAGAGAAGAAAGCGGAGGUCCCGAUCCUUCGAGGUCACUGGACAAGGGCUGUCCUGCCCCAAGAACCAUCUCACUGGGCCCCGACCUGUGGAGAACCUCUCAGACCACAGGAUGAUGCCAAGCGUCCCUGGUGUGCGGCACCCAGGAAAGGUCACGCUGCCUUUGGCCAAAGUCAGACUCCCGCCCAGCCAGAACUCAGGCCUUGGGGACCCGUCAGCCCUUGCUGUUCCCCCCAAUCCAGUUGGCCUUUCCCGACGGGCUACUCGAGCGCCCCGCCUGUCCCAAGGCAAAGGUAUCCAUGGUAAAGAUGGACGAUUCCGGCGUAACUGA